AUGUCGUCUUCGGAAGGGGCCCCGGAGUCCUGGAUCUCCUCGUUUUGCUCCCUGAUGGGUCAUGAGUUCUUUGCGGAAGUGUCGGAGGACUUUAUCGAAGAUGACUUCAACCUGACGGGUCUGCAAUCGCAGGUGCCUAUGUACAAGGAGGCCCUGGAAAUGAUCCUGGAUGUGGAACCCGAGGAGGACGAGGAGGAUGAAGAAGAGGAGGAGGAAGAGGAGGACGAGGACGAGAUUCUAGGAGACGAGAAGCCGCCGGGAUACCGCAGGGCAGGGGAACGGAGGCAUGCACGAGUCGCGAGUGAUCUGAGCGUUAUUGAGAGCUCCGCCGAAUUGCUUUACGGACUGAUCCACCAGCGCUACAUCACUUCACGGCCCGGUAUCCAGCAGAUGCUUGAAAAGUACGAAAUGCAACAUUUCGGUGUCUGCCCGCGAGUCUAUUGCAAUGGAUGCAAGGUUCUGCCCGUCGGCCGUUCCGACACGCCUGGCCAAGAGACGGUCAAGCUGUUCUGCCCUAGUUGCCAAGAUCUGUACACGCCCCCGAACAGUCGGUUCCACUCAGUCGAUGGAGCAUUCUUUGGAACUACCUUUGGUUGCCUGUUCUUUAUGACCUUCCCAGACCUCGAUAUCGGACCCCGGCUGGACAGCUCCCUCGCCGCGUUAUCACCGACCCGCUCCUCCUCCUUGACAUCUUCUUCGAUCAACAACCAAGUCGUGCCAGAUGUGCCUCCUCCCAACCAGCCUGUCGAGAUCAACGGCGUGCGUACCAUCAACUUCAGCCCGGGUCUUGGACCGGGUCGGAUCUACGAGUCCCGGAUCUAUGGUUUCCGCGUGUCGGAACGCUCACGGUCAGGACCACGCAUGAAGUGGCUGCGGAUGAAGCCUCUUGAUAUUCGGGAACUGGAUGAGCUGUCACGGUACGAGGCGCUGCACGGGGGGGCUGAUAAUGCUGAUAAUGAUGGGGACACGGAAAUGGGGAGCGCCCCCGGCAGCGCACAGAGUGCCGCCAUUGCGAAAAGGAAAAAGGCGCCCAUGCGCAGACGGCGAUACAAUCCUAACCAGAUGAGCAUCAACGGAGCGGAGGCUGGAUAA